AUGAACCUCGAAAUCCAUAACUGCAAGCUGGCGUACCUUUCCGCCUGCGAGUCCGCAUUCAACGGCGAGCGGAAUUUGCGGGAAGAGAGCUUACAUGUGGCCGGAGCGUUUCUCCUUGCUGGAAUCCCCAGUGCCAUAGCGACGUGGCGGCCGAUUCUGGACGAGAAGUCCAUGGAUGUUGCUGAAGAGUUCGACCGACGGUUAAUGACAGGAAGAGCAACUGUGGAUGUGAAAAAGGCGGCCGAGGCUCUCCAUGGUGCUGUGAGUAACUUGAGGCAGGAUGUCGAUGAUCCUUUCGUAUGGGCGUCAUACGCACAUUUUGGCUGUUGA